AUGGAGGCGUCGGCUCUUCUUCCCUCAAGGAGCCUCAUGUCAUUGGCAUCAUCAGCAUCUCGCCCAAGAAGACAGCGCCGUGUGGGUGGCAUGGCCAUUGUGAGAGCGAUUGGAGGAAGAGAGCACCGGUGGGGAAGAUUGGUUGAUGAAAACAUGAUCGUGUUGAGACUGCGAAUAAGAGAGAUGAAGAUUAUGGAAAAGAAGAACGAGAAAGAAGAAGAAGACGACGACGACGACAAAGGAAUGAUGGAGUGGGAGAGAAAGUAUUAUGUGGGAGAAUAUGGGGAGCAUGUUUGUGAAGUCGUGGGAUUGCUGCAGAGUUAUUUGAUGAGUGUGAGGCCAUGCUUUGCUAUGGCUAUGAUGCUUCUUGUUGCUUUGAGUGUGUUCAUAUCUUCUGGGUUGUUUCUCCUCAACUCCAUCAAUACGAUGAAAGCCCUCUUUUCUUCUGUGUUCUUGUUUUAA